AUGGUGCCUCCAGCACAGGCGAUAAAAAAGCUGUUGGUGGCCAACAGAGGUGAAAUCGCGGUCCGAAUCCUCCAGGCGGCCAGAGAACUCCCAGCCCCGGUCGAAACCUAUGCACUCUACACCCCUGAUGACAGAUCUCACUGUGACUUGGGCGGCCCUCACCAUGCCCUGGCACUGCCUUCUCCGGCAGCGUACAUGGAUAUUACUUUACUCGUGAAAUUGGUCCAGGAACAUUCUAUAGACGCCGUCCAUCCUGGUUAUGGAUUCUUGAGUGAAAGUCCAGAGUUUGCCCAGCGAAUGUGGGAAGACGCUGGCGCCAGGGUCAUUGGCCCGGGCUGGGAGGUACUAUCGCAAACAGGCGAUAAAUUACAAGCCAAGAGUCUUGCCAGUACCUGUGGUGUUCCCGUCUUGAGGGCGAUGGCGCGCCCAACAGGCGAUAUCAAUGCUAUCAAGGCUUUCGCUACAGAGGUCGGAUACCCAGUGAUGAUCAAGGCAGUAGAUGGAGGUGGAGGUCGAGGAAUACGACUUGUCCAAAAUGAAGACAUGUUACAAAAGUCUGUUGAUCGGGCUACUGGCGAAUCGCCUUCCAAAAAAGUUUUUGUGGAAAAAGCUGCGGUAGACGGAUACCAUCACGUUGAAGUUCAAAUAGUGGGAGAUGGGACUGGAGCUGUCAGACACUUAUGGGAGAGAGACUGCAGCAUUCAACGACGGUUUCAGAAAAUCAUCGAAUGCGCCCCCGCGCUCAUGAAAGACCGUGAAUUGAUUCGGCAAGUGAUCGAAGCGGCGUUACGGAUCGCCAGUCAGAUAAAGUACCUGUCAUUGGGAACAUUCGAAUUCCUUGUCAACGAAAAAUUAUCCGAGUUCUAUUUUCUGGAAAUAAACCCUCGGCUGCAAGUAGAACAUACCAUAACGGAGAGUAUCACGUCUGUCGAUCUCGUACGGACUCAGUUACUGCUUGCUCAGGGUACAUCACUCCAAGAUAUUGGGUUUGCUCAAGAUCAAAAUCCAGAGAUGCCGCCUGGGUCACAUUCUAUUCAGUUACGUUUAUGUGCUGAAGACCCGAAUGCCAAUUUCGCUCUCAGCAUCGGAAAAAUAACAGAGUUCCAUAUCCCUGGAGGUAACGGCGUCAGAGUAGACACGAGCAUCUCAGCUCUGUCGCCUGUCGUAGUGGGGUCGGAUUUUGACAAUAUGUUUGCGAAGAUCAUUGUAACAGCUGCGAGCUGGGAUAGCACACUUUCCAAAGCCAGACGAGUUCUUGAAGACACAAGAAUAUCCGGUAUUAAGACAAAUAUUGAUAUAUUGCGUGCAGUGAUUGCCAGUGCCGACUUUCAGGAUUGGCGGGCAGACACGCGGUGGCUCGAAAAUAAUUUGAAUGACAUAAUCGCGGAAGGACGAAAAAUAUCCCAGCUUGUUCGAUCAAAAAGGCCAGUGUUACCUGCAUCCUCUGCACCACACAUUUUGUCUGCAUCAGUCGCCAACACAGCCUUCCGCAAGGGUGAUGCAUGGUCCAUCGACGUGCAGCCCCUUAACGCGACAUCAUCCCAGCCCCAGUUGCCGCAUCAUUUGCUGCUGAGUCGCGUUUUGCGCAACGAAUUUCCAUCUUCCCUCAGUGCCGAGAUCGAAUACACCACGCCAGCAUCAGUGUCAGCCCCAGCAAAUACUGUCCCGUAUAAAAUCACUAUCUCGACGACAUCGACCUUGGCCAGUUCCCUAUCAUCCACUCAUCGGUUGGGAGACCCAAAUAACAGCUCCCACAUAGUGCUACCAAUAAGCGGAAAACUGAUUGAGAUGCUUGUAUCAGAGGGCGACCAAGUCGGGGAAAACGCAGUCAUUGCGUUUGUGAAACAGAUGAAGAUGGAAAUCGAAGUGCGUAGCCCACGGGCUGGGAGAGUGGCAUGGGUACUUGAGCUGGAGUCAGAGGAUGGAGAUGACGUCCCGGAGGGGGUGCUGCUUGCGGAACUUGAGGGAGAGCGAAGUAUUGUCGAGAUUCGUGGGAAGCUAUGA